UCUUCCUUAUAAAUGGAUCAAACCCGAGGACUGUAUACUUUCGUGUAGAAUCAAAUCCUUUCGAAGAAAACAGAUCGAAUUUAUCUUAAUCGGCAUAGAAAAAAUGGAGAAAGCGAUCGAGAGACAACGAGUUCUUCUUGAACAUCUCCGACCUUCUUCUUCUUCCUCACACAGCUUUGAGGGCUCUCUAUCUGCGUCUGCUUGCUUGGCUGGGGACAGUGCUGCAUAUCAGAGGACUUCUCUUUAUGGAGAUGAUGUAGUGAUUGUCGCGGCACAUAGGACUGCACUAUGCAAGUCGAAACGUGGCAACUUCAAGGAUACAUAUCCGGAUGAUCUUCUUGCACCUGUUUUGAGGGCAUUGAUAGAGAAGACAAAUCUAAACCCAAGUGAAGUUGGUGACAUUGUUGUGGGUACUGUUUUGGCACCGGGAUCUCAGAGAGCCAGCGAAUGCAGGAUGUCUGCUUUCUAUGCUGGUUUCCCUGAAACCGUGGCCGUAAGAACCGUGAAUAGACAAUGCUCAUCUGGGCUUCAGGCUGUUGCAGACGUAGCUGCUGCCAUAAAAGCUGGAUUUUAUGAUAUUGGUAUUGGGGCUGGAUUGGAGUCCAUGACUACCAAUCCAAUGGCAUGGGAAGGGUCGGUCAAUCCAGCGGUGAAGAAGUUUGCACAAGCCCAGAAUUGUCUUCUUCCUAUGGGUGUUACUUCAGAGAAUGUAGCACAGCGUUUUGGUGUCUCAAGGCAGGAGCAAGAUCAAGCUGCUGUUGACUCUCACAGAAAGGCAGCUGCUGCUACGGCUGCUGGUAAAUUCAAGGAUGAAAUUAUUCCUGUUAAAACCAAGCUUGUUGACCCAAAGACAGGUGAUGAGACACCCAUUACAGUUUCUGUUGAUGAUGGGAUCCGACCGAGUACAACUCUUGCUACCCUUGGGAAGCUGAAGCCCGUGUUUAAGAAGGAUGGAACCACAACUGCUGGAAAUUCCAGCCAAGUAAGUGAUGGUGCAGGAGCUGUUCUCCUCAUGAAGAGAAGUGUUGCAAUGCAAAAAGGACUUCCCGUUCUUGGUGUAUUCAGGACAUUUGCUGCAGUUGGUGUUGACCCAGCAAUCAUGGGUAUCGGUCCAGCAGUUGCCAUUCCUGCUGCAGUUAAGGCGGCUGGCUUAGAGCUGGAUGACAUCGACUUGUUUGAGAUCAACGAGGCAUUUGCAUCUCAGUUUGUGUAUUGCCGUAACAAAUUGGGACUUGACGCAGAGAAAAUCAAUGUCAAUGGAGGCGCAAUGGCCAUAGGACAUCCUUUGGGCGCUACAGGAGCACGUUGUGUUGCUACUUUGUUGCACGAGAUGAAACGCCGUGGAAAAGACUGCCGUUUUGGGGUAGUGUCAAUGUGCAUUGGGACGGGAAUGGGUGCAGCGGCUGUAUUUGAGAGAGGAGAUGGAGUUGAUGAGCUUCGCAACGCCAGGAAAGUUGAAGCGCAUGGCCUUUUGUCCAAGGAUGCUCGUUAGAGAAGAUGAUUGUGUACAACCCAACAAAACCCUUUCACUCUCCCAAAUAUAUGAUCUCAGCACACUCUGUUCUCCUUGGAGAGAAUCUGGUCCUUUUCUUUAUAUCCUGUUAUUAUAGUUUUGAAUAAAGCACAACCAAUGUUUGCCUGAGUCUUGUUGCUCUUCUUGACCAGGUCAUGUGUUUUUUAGUAUAUUUUUUAAACGUGAAGGGGGAUAAUCUUUGAAGCUUAUUUGUAUUAAAAUUUAAAAUGUUGUUCUUCUCGAAUUUCAGUUGUUUCUGGAAAAUUUAGAA